AUGUCCGUCCUACCACCGCAUCCCUUCUCCCCAGUCUCUCCCUCGCCCUGCCUUCCUCUUCCGUCUCUUCGUCCUCGCUCGUCCCGCAGCCUCCCCGCUCCUGCGAUGGUGAUUGCUGGUGCGCCUGAGCCGUCGCCAGAGCUCGUUGCCGCCUGGUCGGCUGCGGCUGCCAAGCCUCCGGCGGGGCCCGAAAGGGUGACCAUAGCGACGAAGCCCCCUCUACCGCCGGCUCCGAAACCCUCGACAACAGCCUCUGAAAGGACUCCUCCCCACGCACCCGCGGAUCCCCUUGCCGCGCAAGGGGCUGGCCUGUCUGCCCCUGCCGCUGUUCCGUCUGCUCCGCCUGCGGCCCUUGGCCCCCUGGCUCCCCUUGUCGAGCCGUCGGUGUCUGCCCGUGUUGGGGGUGUUGCUGAUCCCCCUGCACCUGUCCUUGGCGCCCCUGUUGCACCGCCCGCUUCUGUCCCCGGCGUGCCUGCUCCGGCCUCUGCUUCGUCACUGAAGGCGGCGUCCGCCACCACUGGCGGACCGGCUCCGCUGAUUGCGCCCUCAGCGGCGGGUCAGCCCGCACCUGCUGUGACGCCAAUGGCCCCGGCAGGUCAGCCGUCACGCCCUCCGUCACCUGACCGUCGCUCAUCGCGCCCCCAUUCCCCCGCGCCCCAUCAGGAGCGCAAGUUGUCUCGUCGCCGUCGUGAGUCCCUACGGCGUUACCAGCAACAGUCGCACUGGCCGGCUCACCCCGGAGGUCAGGGGGAUUGGAGGGGUCCCCGUGCUCGUGGCGGGGGUGUGGGGUACCGCCCGCCCGUGACGAUGGCGGAUCUUCAGCGGGAAGUGUCGAGGGCGGUUCAUGAGGAGAGGGCGGCGCAGAGCCAGAGCAGUUCGAUGCGCGCCUCGCCUGCCCACGAGGCUCCUCGUCCGGCCGCGCUCCCCGCGAACCCGCAGCCUGUCGCUGCACCUCCCCCUCAGAUCCAUGCGCCGCCAGUUCCUUCUCCCGCUGUUUCGGCACCUGCUCCUGGCUCUCGUCUCCAUCUGCCGCCGGUUCCGCCCGUUGCGGGAGUGGAGUUUGUGGCCGCGGGUGGUGGCGCGGCGGCGGCUUCGUAUGCUCUCCAUGUUGAUGCUGAGGAGCCGCUCGCAGAGGCACUCCAGCCUUCGCAGACCCGUGUUCCCGAGGCGACACUCGGCCAGCUCCACCGCCUCGCGGAGAGUCUCGACGCGCUGCUGCUGAUUCAGCUUGCAGUGCUGCUGGCGCCCGUGCUGGCUGCGCCCGUGGAGGGUGGCGCUGCUGCUGCGGGAUAG